UAAAUACGAAGUAAUGGUAAAAUGGAGGGAAGUAAACUUGACUAAAGCACCCACAGAAAGAAAAUCAAAAGAACAGGAAAAAAGAUUUUCCAGGAAAAACACUUUCCCAUGCUUUUCCAGGUCAGAAUUUCGAGGAAAGACCAAUUUAUGUUACUGUAAUGCUUUGUGUCCCAUUUCCCAAGUUUCCAUAAUUCCAUAGUCAAUAUGACAAGUUCAAAGCAAUCCAAAAGGAAAAAGAAAAAAAGAAAGAAGAAAAAAGAAUUAAUAACAAAGGGAAAUAAGCCGAACCCCAAAACACACUAAACAAACACACAGAGCAGCAGAGAGAAGACUGAAACCACAAAUGGAAAUGGAUUGAUUGUCACUUGUUGUUUGUUGUCAGUAAAGUCCCAGUCUUUGCAAGAAGUAUCAGUCCAGUCAACUCCACAUAUUUGAUCCAACACGCCAUACAAGAAUUUUUUCUUUGCUGUUGUUGUUGUUGUUUUUUCUUUUCUUUGUUCCACCAUUAUACCACAUUGCCUCAAUUUCCUCAACAAUCUUUUUUUUAAUUAUUUAUUAUCUCUCCAUCUCUCUCUCUGUCCAAAUCUAUCACUCUGUAGCCUUUUCUUAUUCUUGAUUCUUGAUUCUUGAUUCUGCUAUUCCCUUCUUCUUGUCUCCUCCUCUCCACCUGAACAACUAAACUCAGAACCCAGUCUAUAAGCUUUGUGUCAUAUAUAGAUUUUUGUAUUGCUUACUUCCUAGAGAGAAUAGAAAAAGUGGUUAGUUCAAGCUAUAAAAAAAUGACAAGGUAUGCGUGUGGCAAUUCUUGUUUCUUCUCUUUCUCUAUCUCUUCCUUGUUCUUGUUCUUGCUGUUUCCUUUUGGGUUUUCUUUAUCCACAAAUCAAACAAACACUAUGAUCACUCUUUCCAAGCUUCUUAAAAAUAAUACUGCUUCUUCGCCAUGGGAUGCUACUUCACAGCCUAACCCAUGUUUAUGGAAAGGGGUUACAUGCAGUCUUGAUGGUACGUCAGUAACUAGUCUUUCUCUAUAUGGGUUUGGUGUUUCUAGUUCUGGGUUUCUGAUUAAUGUUUGCAAGAUUGAAUCUUUGCAGUCCCUUGAUCUCUCCAACAAUCGUUUUAGCUCAAUCCCAAGUGAGUUUAUUAGUAGUUGUGGAGGGAUCAAUGGUCUAAAGAGGUUGAAUUUUAGUAGAAAUGGGUUGACUGGUGUUUUGCCUACUUUUGAUGGUUUUGUCGGGUUAGAAUCCUUGGACUUGUCUUUUAAUUCACUGAGUGGUAGAGUUGAUUUGCAAUUAGAUGGAUUAAGUGCACUUAAAAGUUUAAAUCUUAGUUUUAAUAAAUUUACUGGUUCUGUUCCUGUAAAUCUUGGAAAAUCCAUGAUGUUAGAGGAAUUUAUGCUUUCUGAGAAUUUUUUCCAAGGUGAAAUACCCCAGGAAAUUUUCAGUUAUAAGAACUUGAGCAUGAUUGAUCUUGGUGCAAAUAAUCUUUUUGGGUCUAUUCCAAAUUCAAUUGGAAAUUUUACCAAGUUGCAGCUUUUGAUUCUGUCUGCCAAUAACUUGAGUGGAGAAAUCCCCCCUUCCAUUGCAAAUAUUCCAACUCUUUCCCGGUUUGCAGCAAAUCAGAAUGGGUUCUUCGGUAGAAUUCCCAGUGGAAUUACGAGAUAUCUUAGUUAUUUAGAUCUUAGUUAUAAUAAGUUAAAUGGUUCUCUUCCAUCAGACCUUUUGUCCCAGUCAAAUUUGCUAACUGUGGAUUUGUCUUAUAAUACGUUGGAUGGUUUAAUACCUGAAAAUAUAUCUCAAAGCUUGGUCAGACUGAGAUUGGGAAGCAACUUACUUCACGGGCAGAUCCCGCGCUCAUUCCCAUCAUUGCAGUUGACUUACUUGGAGCUGGAUAACAAUAGCUUGAAUGGUGUGAUACCUGCUGAGUUGGGUUCUUUGCAGAGUUUAGCAUUGUUGAAUUUGGCUCAGAAUAAUCUUAAUGGUUCCUUGCCAGUACAAUUAGGCAAUAUUAGCAAACUUCAGGUUUUGAAACUUCAACUCAACAAGUUUGAUGGAGAAAUCCCUCCAUCCAUCUCUCAAUUACACAAGCUGUCAACUUUGAAUAUCAGUUGGAAUUCACUUACUGGUCCGAUACCCUUUUCGAUUUCCAACUUGCAAGACCUUGCUCACUUGAACUUGCAAGGAAACAAGCUUAAUGGUUCAUUACCAGACAACAUCAACAGCAUGAGUUCUCUGUUAGAACUCCAACUUGGAGAAAAUCAACUGGGUGGGAGGAUUCCAAUGAUGCCAACAAAGUUGCAGAUUGCUUUGAAUCUCAGCAGCAACCUCUUUCAAGGGCCUAUUCCGAACACUCUUUCCCAACUCAAGGAUUUAGAAAUUUUGGACCUCUCAAACAACAAAUUCUCAGGUGAAAUUCCAGAUUUUCUUACCCAAUUGCAAUCCUUAACACAGUUAAUACUCUCAAAUAAUCAGCUCUCUGGAAUCAUCCCAGAGUUCCAGACAUGGGUUGCUUUGAAUGCUAGUGGAAAUGCAGGUCUUAUUAAUGCUACCAAACCAAACACUUCUGCGGAACUUGGAGAAAAGAGGAAUUCAGCUGCUGUUGCAGUUAUUCUUUCUGUUGUAUCUGCUGUUCUUGCUGUUGGGGUGGUCGCAAUUGUUGCUUUAACAUUCUCCAGACGAUUUCCCAAGGUUAACGAUCAGCCAUCGCAAUCAGGGGAAGAUCUUCCAGCCCCUCAGGUCAUCCAAGGGAAUUUGUUGACUGCAAAUACAAUCCACAGAUCGAAUAUCAACUUCAGCAAAGCCAUGGAAGCUGUUGCUGAUCCACGGAACAUAGUAUUGAAAACCAGGUUUUCCACAUACUAUAAGGCCACCAUGCCUUCUGGAGCAAGCUACUUUGUCAAGAAACUUAACUGGAGUGACAAGUUAUUCCAAUUAGGAAACCAUGAUAAAUUUGAUCAAGAGCUGAAAGUUUUAGGGAAGCUAAGCAAUUCAAAUGUCAUGACCCCAUUGGCAUAUGUGUUGACUGUUGAUAGUGCUUAUCUCUUCUAUGAGCAUGCUCAGAAGGGUACCCUUCUUGAUGUUCUGCAUGGUAAACUUGGACAUGCUUUGGACUGGGCAAGCCGUUACAGUAUAGCAGUUGGAGUGGCUCAGGGUCUUACUUUUCUACAUGGAUACACCUCUGGACCGAUUCUCCUUCUUGAUCUUUCAAGCAGAAACAUUUUGCUGAAGUCCCUGAAGGAGCCUUUAGUUGGAGACAUUGAACUCUACAAAUUGAUUGAUCCCACAAAGAGCACAGGUAGCUUUUCGACUGUUGCUGGUUCUGUCGGCUAUAUCCCACCAGAAUAUGCUUACACAAUGCGAGUAACAAUGGCGGGGAAUGUAUACAGCUUCGGGGUGGUUCUACUGGAACUACUAACAGGAAAGCCAGCAGUUAGUGAGGGAACUGAAUUAGCGAAGUGGGUCUUAAGCAAGUCAUCACAGCAGGAUAGAUGGGAUCACAUCCUUGAUUUUAACAUCAGCAGAACUUCACUGGCUGUCAGAGGCCAAAUGCUUGCAAUACUUAAAAUUGCUCUCAGUUGUGUCAGUCUUUCGCCAGAAGCAAGGCCAAAGAUGAAGAGUGUGCUGCGGAUGAUCCUCAAUGCACGAUGAAGCUAACCGAUGUGAGACAAAUCUGGAUAGAAGUAUGCAUAACGUGAAACACAUCAGUUCUGCUUAUUUGAUAUCAAUAGAUAGUACAGAAGCCUCUAAAUCUCCUCUAUGUCUACACAUAAUACUGCAGCUGCUGGAAGCCAACUGCAAGUAAUCUGUAAUACACUUUCAUAGAUAAUAUGUAACCAUGUGAAAAUAGCAAUAGAAAUUUUGGAUGUAAUUUAUCAAUUGUUCUUCUUUUUAUUAUUAUUUUUAUUAUUUUAA